CGCACACACCCGCUUCACAAUUCAAACGAACGGCAUUUUAUUUUCACAGGACCCGGGAAUCGUGAAUGUUUUACCCAAUAGUGAAGUUUUACCCUUAAUAUCUGACCAAAAUCUGUUAGUCGUUGAGUGCUUGUGCCGUCAUGUCCCAUCCAUCCGACCAUGUGCUGCGUUCCAAGGAAAAUGCGCCGACUAGGAAGCUGGAAACAUCCGCCGCCGUCCUCAACUUGCAGAAGAAAAACUUGCUUUUGGGAAUGAAGCCUACCAGCGAAAACAUGGCUCCAGCUGGCAAGCCGUUUCCGGGAUCUUCUGGAACUGUGAUCAGGAAUGCUACGGCUGCCAUGCGUCCGCCCAAUAAACUCGGGCCAGGAGCCUCCACUUCUGCAGCACCUUCCGCAGAAAGCAAGUUCCCAAAACCACUAAUGCCACCUGUGAAGAAGGCCACAUCGGAGUUUGUGGCACCAGCUCCACCCAUUAAGAAGCCGGAAGUAGUCACGAAACAGAAACACCCAGCUUCAGGAUCAGCAUCCUCAAUAGAAUCUAGUGCGCCAGUGGCCAGCAACUCGGGCACCUCUGCCGACAAAGAGAAAAGCAAGACUGAUACCCAGCCUCAAAAGCCCAAGAAGACCUGGGAGUUAAACAACUUUGAUAUAGGCCGCCUGCUGGGCCGCGGGAAGUUUGGAAAUGUUUAUCUGGCGCGCGAAAAAGAGUCCCAGUUCGUUGUAGCCUUAAAAGUACUGUUCAAGCGCCAGAUAGGCGAGUCGAAUGUGGAGCACCAGGUGCGCCGAGAGAUCGAAAUACAGUCGCACCUGCGCCACCCGCACAUCCUGCGUCUCUACGCCUAUUUCCACGACGAUGUGCGCAUAUAUCUGAUCCUGGAAUACGCGCCUCAAGGAACCCUAUUCAAUGCUCUGCAGGCACAGCCUCUAAAGCGUUUCGAUGAGCGUCAGUCGGCUACCUACAUCCAGGCGCUCUGCUCGGCGCUGCUUUACCUGCACGAGCGGGACAUCAUCCACAGGGAUAUUAAGCCGGAAAACCUACUACUCGGCCAUAAGGGUGUCCUGAAGAUCGCAGACUUCGGCUGGUCUGUGCACGAGCCCAACUCAAUGCGCAUGACGCUGUGCGGCACUGUGGAUUACCUACCUCCGGAGAUGGUUCAGGGCAAGCCGCACACCAAAAACGUGGAUCUCUGGAGCCUGGGUGUGCUCUGCUUCGAACUGUUGGUGGGCCAUGCCCCCUUCUUCUCGACGAACUACGACGAGACCUACAAAAAAAUCCUAAAGGUGGAAUACAAGUUGCCGGAGCACAUAUCCAAGGCAGCCGCACACCUAAUUUCCAAGCUUUUGGUCCUUAAUCCCCAGCACCGUUUGCCGCUGGAUCAGGUGAUGGUGCACCCCUGGAUCGCGGCACACACGCAGUGAACCCAUCCGUUUUUCAUUUUGAGUUAUUUCCUUUUAAUUUACAGUUUUAGUUAAGGCUCGCCGCGUAAUUUAAUUAUGGCAUCGUAAAUUUUCAUUUAGCCAGAUUCGAGAAAUUAACAUUUAUGCAUUAAGUUUAUUAUUAUCAUUACCAAUAAAGUUUGUGUGUGUUUUCGAA